AUGACAACUACACCACCUCAAGGUUCAGCGAGUGUUCAAGCGCCGACGCCAUGUUAUGGAAUACAAAGCAAUUUACCAAUUCCGUCGCGAUUGAAUUUGGCAGGAAAUAUUUCAGAAAACUGGAAGAAGUGGAAGCAAGUGUGGGAUUCGUUCGAAAUCGCCUCACGUCUUAACCAGCAAGAAGAUAAAUACCGUGUAGCUACUUUCAUUACCUGCAUUGGAACCGAAGCCCUCGAAGUCUACAAUGGUCUUCCGUUCGAAAAAGAAGAAGACAAGGACGUAAUGAAUACAGUUCUGGAGUUGAUGGAGAGGCAUUGCAUUGGCCAAACAAAUGUCAUUUACGAGCGAUACUGCUUCAAUAAUAGAAAACAAGAAAGCGGCGAAUCAUUUGACACGUAUCUCACAGCGCUCAAAACUCUCGCGAAAACGUGCAUUUUUGGUCCACUCACCGACGAAUUAAUUCGUGAUAGGAUCGUCUGUGGAAUUUGUGACACGGGAACUAGGAAGAAAUUACUACAAGAGCCCAAAUUAAAUCUUCAGAAGUGUAUCGAUGUAUGUCGAUCAGCCGAAACAACUGCAUCGCAAAUGAAAGUCAUGAGUGGAAGAGAAGAAGUCAACGCACUCAACCACAAAGAGAAAAAAGACGGCAGAGACGCCAGUCCUAAGUUAGUUAAUUGCAAAUACUGCGGCAGAAAACACGAGAGAUCAAGAGAUAAAUGCCCAGCGUUCGGAAAAGAAUGUGCGAAAUGCGGCAAAACAAAUCACUUCGCCAAGCUAUGUAAACAGAAACUUGGUGGGCGACAACGAAGAAAAGAACGGAUUCACCGAGUGCGAGACGCAAAAACUUCGCAGGAUUCGAGCGAUGAAGAGUACUGCUUCACGAUUUCAUCCGAAAAUCUGGAAGAACAAAGUGUCAAAAGUGUCAGUAGUCAACCCAUCAAAUCGAAAAUCUUCGCAACAAUGGAGAUCAAAGGUCAUCCCGUUCGUUUUCAAGUCGACAGUGGCGCCACCUGUAAUGUGAUAAGCAAAAACGAUUUACCGAACGAGUGCCCGAUCGCGCAUUCGAAACAAGUCCUCAGCAUGUUUAACGGAUCGAAAAUGGAAACCAUUGAAAAGACAGAAGCAAUGGGCCUAACGAUGCAACAAAUAGCAGCAGAUUUCCAUGACGUUUUCACUGGAGAAGGAAAAUUUGAGAAGAAACUUCACUUAGAGUUGGACACAACCAUUGAACCAGUGAAACAGCCUGUUAGAAGGAUUCCAGUGGCAAUGAAACCCAAGUUAAAGCAAGAGCUCACUCGUCUCAAAGAACUUGGUGUUAUCAAAGCAGUUGACACUCCAACAGAUUGGGUCUCAAGCUUGGUACUUGUUAAGAAGCCCAACGGCAAGCUUCGCGUGUGUAUCGACCCUCAGCCACUAAAUAAAGCUUUGAAACGCAGCCACUACCCUCUUCCGGUUAUCGACGAUCUCCUGCCGGACUUGUCAAAAGCUAAAGUCUUCAGUGUGUGUGACGUUAAAAACGGGUUUUGGCAUGUCGAGUUAGAUGAAGAUUCAAGCUAUCUAACAACGUUUGGCACUCCAUUUGGUCGGUACCGGUGGCUGAAGAUGCCAUUUGGCAUAUCACCCGCACCGGAAUAUUUCCAACAUCGUUUGGAUCAAGCCAUCGAAGGCCUUCCCGGUGUGCGCACAGUUGCAGACGACAUCCUCAUCUCGGGUGAAGGUGACACUGUGCAAGAAGCAGUGAAAGAUCACGACAAAAACUGCUAA